AUGAGUAAUACGGAGAAUAAGGAUCAUAUAAGACAUCAAAGAUUGGUACAGGUUGUCAAUAAGGCUCUUGAAGAGUCCAUGAAAACAAUAUCUGAUGAAAAUCUACAGUCAUGUUAUCCAUUAUUAUCAAGUACAAAACAAGGUAAAGAAACUAUAAGUGUGGUUAAAGAACAAUUGAAAGAAUCAUGGUUUCAAAACUCACAAAAGGAAUUUGAUGCUAUAUAUAAGGAAAGAGAUAUAGAGGCUAAAUUGAAUGAAUUAGAUGAUCUUAUAAUAGAGGCACAAGACCUCCAAAAGAAUUCUGAAGCUAAACAAAUACCGUGA